UUGCUUUUUAAGUAUUCUUCCGUCCGUACUCCCAAAAACCCUCGGAGAAAAAUUUUCAGGGGAAAGUGUUCCGACAAUGUCCGCCGAGGAAGAAAGCGCUGUGAAGGAGCCGUUGGAUCUGAUUCGGCUUAGCCUUGACGAGAGGAUAUACGUCAAGCUUCGCUCUGAUCGCGAACUCCGCGGUAAACUUCACGCAUAUGAUCAGCAUUUGAACAUGAUUCUUGGUGAUGUUGAGGAAGUUGUCACCACUGUAGAGAUUGAUGAUGAGACAUACGAAGAGAUUGUCCGGACGACAAAGCGGACACUACCGUUUCUUUUUGUCAGAGGUGACGGAGUGAUAUUGGUGUCUCCGCCACUGAGGACGGCCUGAACUGUGUAAUCUCUGACUCAGAAAAAGCAUAAAAGGCUGUCUUCGAAGAAAUACAGAGCUGUUAUUGUGGGAUAAUGGCUUCGAGCCUUGUGGUUAGGGGUGGCCAUUUCGGGUAUCGAUUUGGUUAUUUCAGUUUUAAAAGGUUAUAACCAUUCGAUUUUUAUAUUGAAUUCGGUUAUGGUUGAGCCUAAUGGUUAUGGAUUUAGAACUCUUUGGUUUUUAUGUUGUAAACUCUGACAAAGAUUUGGGAGAGAAGUUCUACCCUUGUUUUAAUCUGCUUUGA